AUGUCGGGUUUUGUCGCUGGUCUACAUUCUCAAUCCAUUAAACUUGAUGACCCCUUUUCCACAGAUAUCCCUGGCAUAUCAUCCUCCGAGCCACAAAUUCAAGACUUUUACGAGAUUCAUAAUACCGCUGAUGUUGCUCGUCGCCGUAUUGAUCAGGACAUUGAGAAAAUGGAAGGGGCCAUCCGAGCGCUCAAGUCUCGCCGCAAUAGCUUAGCUGCCAUUUCGCGCCUCCCCCCUGAAAUACUCUCCAAAAUAUUCCUGUAUUGCGCAGCCACAUAUCGGCGCCCGCAGCUAAACAUGGAUUGGGUUAGAGUCACCCACGUCUCACGCCAUUGGCGAACAGUGGCUAUCGGUUGCCCUCAAUUCUGGACAACACUUGUUUUCGCGCGACCGAGGUGGGUGGAAGAGAUGUUGAAGAGGUCCAAAAUGGUUCCUCUUGUAAUUGAUGUCUGGUCUGCUUACAUGGGGGCCCCAAAAUCAAUCGAGGGCGUUCAACUGGCCAUGAACCACACUUCCCGUGUACGGGUGUUGAACAUAACUUCCUCGAGUGCAUCAUUCGGAAAACUUUUCUCGAGUGUCCCGAGAGCGGCGCCCAUACUUCAGACCCUCGUGCUGACUACUUCAACAAACGAUUACCAAUAUUCGGAGCUGUCUCUUGACAACUACUCCAUUCCUCCAGAGCUCUUCAGUGAUGACUCUUCUCAGCUCCGACACCUCGAAUUAAUACAUUGCAAUCUUGAUUGGACAUCCCACCUUCUCAGAGGUCUUACACACCUAAAAAUUCAUGAUACCGCUCCAGGAACUAGACCAUCUAUACCCCUUUUUUUGGAUGUUCUAGAGCAACUUCCAACCCUCACAGUGCUCGAUUUAAAGGACGCGCUUCCCCAUGUUGCUGAUGGCUCUUCGACGGUGUCAUACAAACGCAAUGUUAAACUGCACUCGUUGACAAUUUUAUAUCUCUCGAGCUCUGAUACCGACUGUUCUAAUGCGUUAAGGCAUCUAUCUGCGUCAUCUGUUGCCACCCUUCAGCUGUAUUGCCGAAGCACAAUGGUCUCUGACGCCAAUUUCUCCAGUAUCAUGACCUUUGUCAGUGGCUUAUGGGAUCCAACAGCUAUCAUAUCCAGUGCUGAAAAACUACAUAAGUGCCCCAUCCGCAGUCUCAAAAUCGUGGGUUUUGAUUCAGUGGGCUUCAGUCUGCAAGCCUGGCCCACCGUGUUGUCGUUUCAAACGUUGUCCGAUGGAGGUCAGAAUCUGCAGCCUUCCAUAAAUUUGGAGUUCCGAUGGCUUUCAACCGUUACGUCCGAAUAUUGGGAUAAGGUAAUCGGAGAGACCUGUGCUGCUUUACCUUUGGAGCAACUCGCGUCAUUGGAUGUUUUGAGCGCAUGCCAAAUCACGGAACAAACGUUCUUGAGGAGGUUUGGAAAGCUUACACAUCUAAGAUCCAUACGUGCACCGAGGCUGGGCGUACACACGCUUCUGUCAGCCAUGAUUGCUGAGCCUAGUAGUCCCACUCGCACAGAUGUGUCCGCGAAUUCAUCGACGCGGAAACAAUCAAGCAAUUGGAGAGAGAUCCCCCCUGCAGUCUACUUUCCCUCCCUGCUCCACCUUACAAUUGAAACCGCGAAUUUUGGUAAUGGACAAUCUGCCAAGCUGGAUGAUUUGAAGGACUGCCUAGUGCAACGUUACGAGCGGGGGGCCGAAGUGCGCGAGCUGACGCUUUCUCAAUGUUAUUGCCUGACGGCAAAGCAUGUUGACGAACUUAGAGAAAUCGUUGUCGAUGUGAUUUGGGAUGGGAGCCGGAGGGGGACAGGUUUUGCCGAUUCGGAAGAUGAUUAUGUGGCAUGGGAUGAUAUUGGUGAUGACAUGUAUGAUUACUAUUCAGACCACGACUACUAUAUCUGA